CGCGACUGUGAGGAGCGCACAGCACGGCACGGCAGCCCUCCAUCACAUGCGCCUCGCCCUGUUCCCGCCCACCAUCCCGCCGCCCACGCAGACGCCGCCGUCCGCCAUGAGCGCCGACACAAAGUGGCACCAGCGCCUCUUCCGCAGCAAGGACGAGGGCGAGGGCGGCACUCAGCAGAGGCACGCUGCCGCGUCUGCGUCCGCCCCGCCGCCCGCGCCGCCGCCGCCGGCCGACGCCGCGCUGCACGUCUUCCACUUGCGCCACGGCGGCACGAGCGUCGUCGUCGACGCCGCCACCGCCUCGCUGCCGAGCGUCGUGUACUGGGGCGCCGACCUCGGCGGCAUGAGCGCCGCCGAGCUGCAGGACCUCGCCUCGGCGGCCGUGCCGCAGCGCGUCAGCGGCGGCCUCGACGUGGUCCCGCGCCUGACGCUCGUGCCGCAGGAGUCGGAUGCGUGGCAGGGCACGCCCGGCCUCGCCGGCCACCAGGUGGGCAGCGGCCACUGGAGCGCGGCACUGCACACCACGGACCUCUCCGUCACGGGCUCCACUGCUGCCAUCACGGCGCAGGACAGCGAGAUCGGCCUCAGCCUCCGCAUCUCGCUCGAGGUCACGGCCGAGGGCCUCUUCACGCAGCAGCUCAGCGUGACGAACACGGCCAAGGCGAACUACAUGCUCCAGUCGCUCGCGGCCACGUUUCCGGUGCCCGAGUCGGCCAACGAGCUGCUGGACACCUACGGGCGGCAUCUGCGCGAGCGUGCUCCGCAGCGCCACGCCUUCACCGUCGGCAAGCACGAGCGCGAGAGCCGGCGCGGCCGGCCCGGCGCAGACGCCACGCUGCUCCAGGUCGUCGGCGCCAAGGGCUUUGGCUUCGAGCGCGGCGUUGUGCAUGCUGUGCACCUUGCGUGGAGCGGCAACCAUCGGCUCAUCGCCGAAAAGGGCCCGAGCUAUCCGCCCUUCAUCCAGGUGUCCGACCUGCUGCUGCCUGGCGAAGGCCUGCUCCAGCCCGGCGAGACGUACACGACGCCCAAGGCCAUCGGCUCGUGGGGUGACGGCCUUUCCGCCAUGUCGCACCGCUUCCACGCCUACGUCCGGGCGCUGCCUGGCUAUCCGAAGUCGACUCGCCCGGUGAUGGUCAACACCUGGGAGGCCGUGUACUUCAGCCUCGACUUUGACAAGCUCGUGUCGCUCGCCAAGACGGCCGCGGCGGCCGGCGCCGAGCGCUUCAUCCUCGACGACGGCUGGUUCAAGGGCCGCCGUGGCGACACCGCUGGCCUCGGCGACUGGUUCGUCGACAAGGACGUCUUUCCCAACGGCCUGCAGCCGCUGUGGGACGAGGUCGACAAGGCGGGCCUGCAGUGCGGACUGUGGUUCGAGCCUGAGAUGGUGAACCUCAACUCGGACCUUGCGCGCGCUCACCCCGACUGGAUCCUGCGCCCCACGGCCGACCGACUGCCGGUGCCUGGCCGCCAGCAGUACGUGCUCGACCUGUCGAAUCCAGACGUUUUUGCGUACAUCUUCAAGUGCAUCGACGACCUGCUGACGGAGUACAAGCUCAUCAAGUACAUCAAGUGGGACCACAACCGCGACCUCGUCGAGCCGAGCUCUGCUCUGGCCAGCUACCGCGCCGCUGUGAGAGCCAACGUGCUCGCCGUGUACCGGCUGAUGGACAAGCUGAAGAAGGCGCAUCCGGAGCUCGAGAUCGAGAGCUGCGCGUCAGGAGGCGCGCGCGUCGACCUGGGCAUCUUGGAGCGCACCGACCGCAUCUGGACGUCGGACUGCACCGACCCGCUGGAGCGACUGACGAUCCAGAAGUACACCAGCCUCGUCGUGCCGCCAGAGCUGAUGGGCGCGCACAUCGGCCCUCCGGAGAGCCACACGACGGGCCGCACACACAAGCUCGACUUGCGCGCCGGCGUGCCGCUGCUGUGCCACCUCGGCAUUGAGUGGGACCUCACGUCCGCCUCGUCGGACGAUCAAGCUGCGGUGAAGCAGUGGAUCGACCUGCACAAGAAGUGGCGCGACGUCAUCCACUCCGGCAACCUCGUCUUCGUCGACGACACGGCCGACGAGCACGCCGACGUGCGCGGCGUCGUGGCGAAGGACCAGUCGCGCGGCAUCUUCACCUUCACGCAGGUGCGCACCGCCGCGUCGUAUCCGCCGCCAAAGUUCCGCCUCUGCGGCCUGGACCCCAGCAAGAGGUACAAGGUGUCGCUGCUGUACGACCUUUCCUUUGCGCGAGGCGGAGCGGUGGGCCAGAGCGCGCUGCAGUGGGCCGGAGGCGUGACCCUGUCGGGCAAGGCACUGGACUUGGGCGGCCUGGCGACGCUGACGAUUGAGCCGGAGCGUCUGUAUGUUGUGGAAGUGGAAGCGCAGUGAAUUUGGAUAUGCUUUGUCUUGGCA